GUUGGCGCGUCUCUGGGCAGCAGUAUAUGCUCCUGGGGUUGUGUCUAGCAGCCCUUGUACUUAUUCUGUUAAUUGGAGACCGGAUACUGGCUGGGCUUCUUUCCAUUGCCCUCAAAAGAUAUACUGGCACAAUCAAGAAGGAUCAAGUCAGGAGCUCAAUAUGGAGGGGUUACAUCCUGGUGACCGACAUGCACAUAUCGCCAAGGAUCAUGGACCAACUGGACCUGCCCAUGCUAACGAAGCAAGCUUCGGUUGGCUCUUUCCGUAUCGCUCUACACUGGAGAAGGUGCCGGUUGGACGUUGUUGGGAUCGAGAUCUCAGACGUCCGGCUCGAAGCCCAUCCACGAGUCUUUCCCGAGCCUGUCACCGCUGCGGACCUGGACGCUCGUCUCUUCAGAAAGAAGGAGCUCCUGAAGCUGGCGUACCUUGACGCCGUCGAGGCCGUCCUGUGGAAACAAGACUUACCAAGCCGAAAAGAAGGCGUUGUUGAGCACCUCCUAUGGAGUGUUCUGCUCCCUGCUGCCCGCAUCCUCCUAACCAAGCUCGAACUAUCCGUUGAAAGGGUCUCAGCGUCCUACCAGAACGACAGCAAAGUCGGGGAUCCACAUGCGGAGCUGCACUUCUCUGUCGACUCUCUGAGGAUGGUUGAAGCUAAGACCGGGGAGGAAGUCCCCAAUUGCAGGAAGCUGGUCAAGAAGGAGAUUCGGAUUCGAGGCGUCUCGCUGGACGUGAAGCACGAUUGCGAAGACCCUCCGUGCUUGUUGAUGGACGAGUCAUCGAGGCGCACUGUGUCAGUGCUGAGGAGGUGGAGCGCUUCAGCAGAAAUCUUCUGCGGCCACACGCCCAGCCGGCAGCAAGUGUGGCAAACGACGAUAACUGCGGGCGCGCUCAUCGCGAGCGUGGACGAGCUCGUCCAAAAGGCGCUUACUGCCUCCGUGAGCAGCAUCACCGAGUUUCUCAAAUACCAGGAGUUUCGGGGACCCCGCCCGCAGGCCACCGUGCGGGCGGCGCCGAUGCUGUGGUGGCAGCACGCAGGGGCCGCGGUGCUGCGCGAGUUCAAGAAGCUGUCAGUGGGGUCGACCGUGCUGCCGCCGCGGCUGGAGGAGCGGCGUGCCAUGCGACGACGCUACGUGGAGCUGUACACCGAGAUACACAAAGCGGGGGGGCUCUCCAAGAUAAAAAAGAGCCUCAGGGAGCAGCUGGCGGCGCUGCGCCACCUGGAGGCGCGCCUUGGCCCCGAGGAGAUUGCGCAGUUCCGGUGGUGGGCGUGCGCGCGCCUGCGCCGCGGCGAGGCCCGCUCCCGCUGGUUCCGCAAGCAGGAGGACCCCAGCGAGUCGCUGCGGCUGCAGAUGCAGGAGAUUGACGCGAUCCUGAGCGGCGCCCGGGGCAUUCAGCGCCGCGGCAAGGCGCGCUACCGAGUGGUGGGGCUCGCGAUCCACUGCCCCAAAGUGAGCCUGUUGCUGUCAUCCGGGAAGGACAAGGACUGGGGCGGGGAGAUGUCGUUUCUCCAGAUCGGGGCGCGCGGAGAGCGGCGGCAGGGGGCGGUGCUGCUCGAAGGCACGUGCCGCGCGAUGCACCUGCGGGACUUUCAAACUGCGCGGGCUUUCCGCUCGGUGGAGCUGCUACGGAGCCCCGCGGGGCUCGAGGCGGCGACCAAGAUUGAUUGUUUAACCGUCAAGAUCACCAAGCCGUCCAGCAAGCAGGAAGCGGCGGGGCAACGACUCUCCUGCACUGUCCGCUUGGCACCCAUCGACUUGAUUCAGGAGCAUGGCUGGCUUGCACGUCUCGGGCGGUUCUUCCGACAGGCGGUUCCCAUUAAGCGAGGGGUAGAGAGCCCGGACCGCGGCCCGGGGCAGCAACCCGAGCACAUGUCGCGGCAGCAGCUGCAGUACUUCCAGGAGCAGCAGAGCCCGGCGAGGGGGAACGCGGCGACGCGGUACAAGGCGUCGCUGGCGGACGAAGUGAGCGACUGCGCAGCGAAAAUUCUGGCGCGGCGGGCGCGGCGCACGACGCGGCUGCCGCACCUGGACUUCACCAUGGGGGACGUCAGGAUCAUCGUGCCGUGCCACGAGAACGAGGGCGUGUUUGCGGAGGUGGAAGAAGUGCUUGAGAGCCCGUCAAAACGGAAGCCCGCGGAGCACGCGUGCGAGGUUGAGGCGCACUCGCACGGGACGCGGCACCGGCACUCGCUGGUCGUCAUCAUGAGCGGGCUGCACGUGCACUCGGACGAGUACCGGCAGGACCUGUCCAAGCGCAGCCCGCUGCAGGAGCUGCCCGUGAGCAAGAAGGCGGCGUCGGAGGACGAGCUGUGGAUGCGGUCCCACCACGACAGCCUGCUCGCGCCGCUGCGCUUCGACAUCAGCAAGGCGGCGCUCACGCUUGAGCUCUUCCUGGCGCGGGUCGGCAAGGGGGCCCACAACGACUACAAAGACAGGGUGCCCCUCAUCCGCCGCGUUCACCUGCGCCUCUCCCACGCCCUCUGCCGGCAGCCCGUCUCAAAGAUAGCCACCAAGCUGGUUCGCAUGUCCGUCGACGUCUCCAAAGUGGAGCUGAUCCUGUCGCCCUUCGCCUUUGGCGAGCUCGCCCACCUGGCCUCCGUAGUCCACCGGUCGGAAGCAGAGGCCACGUACAUCAUGGAGGGCCCUCUGACGCCACAGGAAACGGGCCCGCCGCCGGAACAAACGAAAGGCGGCAAGGGACCAGUCAUCAUGAUACAAGCAAAGAUCCCGCUCUUCUCCUUGGACGCGGUGCGCUUUCUGGAGUUCGACCCGUCGGGCCAGGCCGGGCCGUACGGCACGUGCCCGGAGUCGCUCAACUGGCUGAGCGAGGACCAGGCCGUCUUCCGGGCCGCCAUGCACAACAUCGACGUGCGCUUCGACCGCUGGCCCAGAAAGCGAGCGAUCUGCGUGUCGCUCGGCAACCUGGUGGUGGAGAACCUGACCGAGAGAGACAAGCCGGACUCGACGUACCGCUACUUCCUGCCGCCCCUCAAGCAGAGCUUCAUGAGCCACUUCACCAGCUCCUAUGUGGGGCCGGCGUUUCAGCGGUGGCGCCUGUACAUGAAGCAGAGCCGCAACCUGGCCGACGACGUGCCCAAGGCCGAACUAGAGCGAGCGCUCCGACGGUCCAAAGCACAGAUGAACCUUCGCAUCCAGAAGCUUGGCAGCCUGACCGACAUCGACGUCGAUGUCGCCUUCUUACCUGUCUGCUGUAACCUGGAGGGCAUGCACGACCUCGCCCAGUUCAUCACCCACGCCCUGGAAGCCAUCCGCGUCGCGUGGGACCUCCACAGCCCCCCAAAAGCACCUCCCCCGCCCGGCGCGCCUGCUUCGCCGCGACCGCUCACGGCCCACUCCCGGAAGUCCUCCCGCGAGCGUCUCGUCAGACUACACUCGCUCAAACUUGCUGAGGCGGAAGACGCGCUCUUCACGGACCCGAUGCAACGGAUGGGCUCCCUUGAGCGGAGACCGCUAGAGACGCCCCGGGGGAGUGGCAGUGGGAACCUUUUGGUGCGGCGCAUGUCGCGGCCGAUGCCGAAGCUGCCCGCGCCGGUGGCGGCGCUCGAGAAGGAGACGCGGAACGUUUUGGGGGGGGGAAGUCGUCCGAGCGUGGACCCCCACGGCAGGGACGAUACGCCGACAGCGUUGAGGCAUCCUGCACGGUUCAGCGGCCCGCUCCCCGGUUCUUUCAACCGGGCGUUCUCGGAGAAGGGCAAGGCCGCGGGCCCGCGCGUGGUGCGCUGGGAGGAGGAGGAAACAGACCGCGAUGUGGAUAUGACUCCGCAGCCGGUGCGAACCACGUCGUUUCCUGGAGACGUAGACGACUUGCCGGAGGAGCAUCACGGGUCGCAUCCCCAUGAGGGCGCCCACAGGGGGACUCGCUGGGAGGAGCACAAACCGCACCGAGGGGCACAUUCCGGGACGGGCGAGGAAGAGGAGGAGAGGACGCUGCAAGUGCGCGUGCGAGUGACGUGCGUCAGGCUGACGAUUGCCAUCGCGCGGGAGACGUUUACGUCGCUCGUGGUGCAGGACGUCAUGUGCUCCUUGUCGCAUGGCGACUCGACGGACCUGGUCCUCCACGUUGACGAUCUGCAACUACUGGAUCUCAAGGCAGCUUCAAACCGCUACCGUUACGUCAUUCGGCCCAGUGGUCAGGGCGAGCACUGCGUCUGUUUGGAGCUGUCAAGCAGACCCCGGCUCGACGACACCCCCGCCCAGACGCUGGUGUGGUUGGAUUGCCACCACUUGCGGGCGACCGUGCUGGUGCGUUACAUUAAGGACGUGCUGCAGUGCAUCGCAAAAACCAGGGAGGUCGCAAAAGAGUGCACGCUGUUGGCCUUUUUAAUGUCCGAGGACAGUUCUGCUUCCUCUCCAAAGGAGGCUGCCGCGCCAUCCCCUCCUGUGUUCCUUCUUAUCACUGCCUGCGACUUUUACGCGGAAAUGCCCAGGCACUCGUGGUCGGAGGACAUGUACAUAUUGCACGCCAAGAAGGUGACAGCCAUGCUGCCCACAUCCGCUGACCAGGAUGCCGCUCUCAAGGUCUGCCUCGGCGCUGCCAAGUGUCACCUGGGCGCGGACUGGGCGGACGACCCGUUGUGGGAGAACUUUGAGGGCGCUCCGGCCGCGCAGGGCACCAUAGCCGCCCACCUGACGGAAGCCAUGGUCUACUGGCGUCGAGAAACGCCGGACGGCGAAGUUUGCGAGAGACGAGUGGUGGGAAGCGCAGAGAUCUCUGCAGUCAUCCAGGCGGUCCCUUUCCGGCUGCGCGUGAAGUGGCCGGAUGUCCACGUGGUGUUUGGCGACAUCCAGUACAGCCUGCUCAUGGGCAUCAUCUUCGAGAACAGCAGCGAGCCGUCCACCUUCCAAGACAUGUCGCGGGAGCCGUCGUUGGUGGGCCAGCCGUCCGGCCGCUUCCUGCGGGACGCGCAGCAGGACCUGGAGCCGCCCCCGGAAGUGCCCGCCACGUGGGAGCUCCUCUUCGAGCUGGGCCACGCUGCGGUCGUCAUCGAAAGGACGCCCGAGCCAAUCCACCAGGGGUUCGCGGACCCGCUGGCGAUUGUCACCUUGACUUCGUGCGCAGUUGUCAUCUCUGAAUUUUUUCCGCCCACCAAGUCUGAGUUCCUGCAGAUUGUGGUCAAGUCGGCGGGCCUGCGCAUCACUGACGAGAGGUUCAAGCGCUUCAGCGCAACUGACAUCGUCCUUGUCGAGUGCCCCAACAACCGCUUCCGCACCAAGGUCUGCGGUAACCAACCCCCGCGCGAGCCGCCCGGCGCCAGCGUGGAUCACUUCAUCUACAACUACACGAUCAAGGCCAACGGCACGCACGCCAUGGAGAUCACGUUCCUGCAGGACGCGCAGAUGUGGCCACACCUCAACGACUGCGGCUUCAUACAGGGCAUCAUCGAGGUGUUCACGCGCUACUUCAUGGCGCCCACGUGCGCCCUUGGCCCCCAGGAUUUGCGCCCCGACGCGUGGUUCUAUGUAAAUGUCAUAUUCAAGGACCGCGAGACCUUCUUCCCGGUUCUGAACGGCCCCGUCGAGCCCCGUCCGCCACAGGAAGUUCUAGACGCUAUCGCGGCCGAGAAGGCGCAAUCCGCCGAUGCUGUGCGCGAGUUUUUGCCGGGCUUUGGCGUGUGGACCGACGAACUAGACAACGUGCUGACGCAGCUGACGCAGCGGGGCAUUCUGUUCAUGGCGGACUACCUGCGGGUGGGCUACUUCUGGGGCGGCGACGGGGAGAAGAACGUCAAGCUGGACCUCAUCAACGCGCAGGCGCACGUAGUCGACGAAGACCAGGCGUUUGCCCAGAGCCUGUUCCUGGGUCCCACCACGGUGCGCGUGCGGUCGACGAUCCGGUGCCCCAAGGCGCCCGUGGACCGCCGCCUGCUGGCGUCCACCGCAGUGGAGGUCCUGCGCGAUGGCGAUUUCCCCAAGAACAACGCCAUCGCGCUGCAUGCCGUUUACUCGCACGUGCCCCUGCUGACGGAUGUGGCCAAGGUUCUGCGGCAACGGCUGUCCGAGCUGGGGUGUGAGUCAGCUACGGCCGAGCUUGCCGCGCUGGCCACCCCCUUUCUCCCCUCCGCUCAUGACUUCAAGGUCACCAUUGGAGACUUCCGAGCAGCCCUCUGCGAUGACAGGCUGGGCGCGGCUGCCAACGUGUUGUCGGUGCGGCUGGGGUCGGUGGACCUGUAUUUGAAGCGGGAGCGCCUGCUGCGGGGUCGCGAUGCCACGCAGCUCGGCCUGCUCAAGAUGAACCUCGCAGUCGACUACCUCAACAGCGCAGUCGAGGAGAUGGAAGCGAUUCUGGAGCCGUGGCCGGUGGUGGUGGACAUGAAGGCGGCGGCGGGUGGCGCGCAGGUGGCGGUGUCGUCGAGCGAGGCCAUGAGCUGCACGGUCAGCCCGGUGCAGCUGCUGUCGCUGGGCGACGCGCUGAGCUAUGCAAAAGAGCUGCAGGCCAAGCUGGCGGGCUUCUGGGGGCCGCCGCGCGAGCCCCUCCAAGUCCCUGGCAUCUCUCGCCGCAGCUUGCGGCUGCAAGACUCGGUGGUCUCCCAGAUCGGUUCCGAGUUCAGCGCUGUGCAGUCCCCGGAUCAGAGCGGCCGCCAGGCGGGCUCGGGGAGAGACAAAGAACUUGACGGCUUUGAUGCCAAGCGUCUCCGGUCACAGACUAUGCGCCCCCGGAAACUGUCUCGCAACAGCACCUCAGGACGCAGGAGCUACCCGGUGCGGGCGGUGGCCCCCAUCAAGGAGGACGAGCAAACACACUUGUCGCGAUACCGGAUCAUCAACCAGACCGGCCUCGCCCUUUUCUACUGGGCAGAGGAGGAGAGCGGCGAGCGGCGGUCGCACCAGGUGGCGCCGGGCGAGGACUUGCCGCUGGCGGUGGAGCCGGUGGAGAAGGUGGUGACGCUGCGCGACUCGCGCAAGGUCCGCGCGCGCACCAUCUCCGUGCAGCUGCGCGGCAACUGGGCGCCCGUCAACGACGUCGUGGUCGACAAGGUGGGCAAGUCGGUGAUGGAGCUGCGCGCGCCGUACGACGAGGCGAACGUGCCGCUGAUUUUGGACGUGACGCUGGUGGACCGCACCAAGCUGCUCAGCGUGCACUCCACGCUGCAGCUCGUCAACGAGACCAGCCACCCGCUGCACCUCUGGCUGCACCUGCCCACCGUGCCCAGUCCAGCCAAGGAGCGCGCCAUUGGCCCUCUCCGGUCGGGCGACACCUGCUAUCUGCCCAUCACGGCAGCCCGAGGAGGCCAGCUGUACCUGCAAGCAGAGGGUUACUUGCGCGCGGAGAAGGACGUGAUCCAAUUGAGCGCGGCGCACCUGGUGGAGCAGCAGGGCCUGCUGGCGUGCCCCUCGCUGGCGCCGUCGGGCGUGCCCUUCUACUGCUGCCUGCAAGUAAAGCCCGUGGAGGAGGCUGACCUCAUCAGCGCCGGCGCGGUCCAGGAGUUCUGCCUCGUGUUCCGCCCGCCCCUAGUUCUCGAGAACGCGCUGCCGUACGAGAUGGUGGCCACCGUGGUGGACGCGGACAGCGGGCUGGACGCGCAGUGCCGCAUCCCGUCCGGGACGUCCGCGGACCUGUACAACAUGACGCUCGAGCACAAGCUGGAGAUGAGCGCCGCCGUCGCGGGCUUCCACACCGACCACAAGGUCCUCCUCCACCUCCCGCCCAACCGCAUGCUGGAGGACCACUUGGGCCCGCGCCCGUUCCUGCACGAGCUGCCGGGGCUGCGGCUGCCGCGCGAGAUGGUGCUGCAACCGACGGGCGGCCUGCGUAAGCUGCGCCUGCAGAUUGAGAAUCGCGCCACCAGCCGCGCCCGCGCGCGCCGCGUGGUCAUCUUCUCCAAGUAUUGGAUUAUGAACCGCACCAACUUGCUGCUCUACUUUGCGGCGCGGAACCAGACCAAGGAGCCAACCGUGUGCUCCCCGCAGCGGGACGACGACGACGAGCUUCGGCCGGUGCUGUACGGUUGCGGGGGCGGCAGCAAGAGCAUCGUGAGCCUGCCGGGCACGCGCUGGUCCAAGAACAUCCCCAUCGACUCCGUCGGCAUCAUCGGGGCCGUGCAGGUCACCUCCGACCUCACCAAGACGCACCAAAAGGUGGCGAUGCGGUAUGAGCUGGGCGUGCAGAUCAACCUGGCGCCGUCGCCGUGGUACCACCGCACCAAGAUCAUCACCAUCACGCCGCGCUUCGUGCUCAUGAACAAGAGCGGCAUCGACAUCCAGUACCGCCAGGUCGACACCGCCAGCAUCCGGACACUCUGCGACGGCGUGCGCGAGGCGUAUCACUGGGACCACGACGGGGCGGAGGACCGGUUGCAGAUCCGGCCGCUGGACGGCGUCUGGGACUGGUCCGGCAGCUUCGAGAUUGACAAGGCCGGCGAGUUCGGGAUCAGGGUUCGCAAUGCAGGAACACGGGAGUACUCGAUCUUCGUAAUCGACGUUUCGCUCAACGGUGCGUCGGCACUGAUCACGUUUGAGCUGUGCGACAACUCGGACCAGGCCAGUCAGCGCAUUCCGUACCGCGUCGAGAACCGCUGUGCGCGCAUGGCCUUCCAGAUCAGCCAGAAGAACAUCAACGCGUGGCAGCUGCUGGAGAGCAAGCAGGCCAUCCCCUACGCUUGGGACCAGCCCAAGGCGCCGAACCUGCUGGUGGUCCAGGUGUUGGGCACGGUGCCCCCCGUGGUGCGCGAGUACUCGCUGGACGACAUUAAAGUGCGGCAGCCCAUCGUGCUGCGGGGGCCCGCCAAGAGCGGCUUCCUUGGCAACCGCGGCGGCAGCGACCAGUCGGACGAGUCGCUCGCUGAGAAGAUCUACGUGAACGUGUAUGCGGAUGGGGCCACCCGUGUGUUGUCCUUCUCGGACGUGGAGAGCCAGUACUCCAAAGAGACGGAGGAGGCGGAGCGGCAGCUGGUGGUCCGCCGGCUGCAGCACCUGGACGCCCGGCUGGCCUUGGUGCGCCGCCUGCUGGAGCAGCAGAAGGACGCCGCACAAGACGCGCUCGCCGACCCCGCGCUGCCCCUCCCCGUCAGGCACCAGGAGCCCAUCGACCCCACAACCGGCGAGCGUCCCCCCCUGGUCCAGUCUGCGACCUCCGGCGCGGACGGCACCCCCCCGGGCUCUCUCCUCCCGCAGUCCCCCACCGCUUCGGUGGAGAUGCACCAGCGCAAGCUGGAGCAGCGGCGAUCGUUUCUGGAGCGCGCCAGGCGCUUCUCUUGGGGGUCGCACAAGGACGCCCCGCACGCCCCGCCUGGGGCGGGCAGCGCGCUGAGCAGCCGACCUACCAGCCCCGAUCUGUUUUUCUCGCCCACCGGGAACGAUGGCGAGAGGCACAUCUUCACGAGCCCGCUGGUGCCGAUGCGGUCCGGGGGUCACCGCAGGAACCAGUCGCUGCCGCCCGAAGUGGAGGAAGCUCACAUCGAGCGGCCGACCCUCGCAGAGACGAGGAGGUCGUUGAGUAUCGAGAGCCGGCUGCAAGAAGCGGAGAGAGGCGGGGGGGGGCUGUCUGCUCGCGUAUUCGAUCCUGAAGACGGGCUGGGCCACAGGCACUGGAUGGCAGCUGAACUAGAACGGGCGAGAGCAGCAGGGGCCGGCAGCCGGGACAGUGGUCCCAAAGUUGCCCGAUUCGCGUCGGGGGGUCCGGGUUUCGAGGGAGCGCAAGAAGCGCCCGCGGCAGCCGACGAAGAGGCAGCAUUGCGCAAGCCAGCUGAUAGCGGGCCAACAGUGGCUCCGCUUAGACCGCGGCCGCUGUCUCCGCUCGCCAGGUCGGCGGCCGCGUCGAAAGCGGCGGCGGUGGAGGUGCUCGAGCGUCUGAAGCCGAAGGGUGGCCUCACGGAGGUGUCUGGAAGGGAGAUGGAGCGACUCGCAGUGGAACGGCAGCUGCCAGCUUCAGCUACAUUGGAUGCUGGGUCGUCGGUCAACGGGGGGCAUGGCUCUGGUGGCCAGCUGACGGAAGUGCCGUCGGUUUCACGUGAUAGUGACGUCAUCGCUCUGAGUGGGACGAGCAGCCGGCAGGAGGGGGCGAACGGACAUGCGAAAAGUGCGGGGUCGGGGAAGGGCGUUCUGGCGGCAGCGAUGGAACGGUUGAGGAUGAGAAAAAGCAAGCGGCGGAAGGAAAAGGAGGAGUUCAGUCGGGAUGCUGAGCUGGCACUGAUGAACAGCGAUGUGCGAAAAGCAGUGCAGACGGUUGGUGUGCAGCCAGCGGUCCAUUCUGAAGUAGAUGGGGCAUGGUCGCCCGCAUUGGCCGAGGCAGAGCUGAAGAUGAGUCAGCCAGCAGGCGAUCAAGCGGAAGGAGACGGCCAGCCUCGUCUGCAAGCAUUCGGGUCGGAGAUGAUCCAGAACCCUCUGAUGGGUCCUCUUAACGCGCAGAGUUUGCAAUCUUUGUCAAGUGCGGACAUCUUUGCCCGGGAGUCGAACAGAGUAUUGGAAGCCGAGGAAAAAGGGCACGAGCCGGAUGCCAGCUUGGCGGAGACGCUGUCUUCAGGCCUUGAACCAGCGACGCCGGAAAGGAAUGGAAAUGGACUCGCUUCUUCCUUGCAACGGGGAAUGGGCGGCAACCGGUGGAGAAGCUCUGACGACACGGACGAGCAGUCGGAGGGCGGAGGCGAGCUGGUGCGUUGGGGCGAGAACGGGCUCUUCUCCAACGGGCACGCCACAAACGUUUCCGAAUCGGACAGCGACGGCUCCUUCCUCGAUGCCCGGGAGGAUUUCCCGGCCGCGCGUGCGUCGUCGUCGCGCCGGCAAACCCGAAUAUCCCUAGACUCCGUCGAGGGCUUCCAUAAGUUCGCCGCCGCCGCGAUCGCGGCCGCUGCCGUCAGCAACGCGCUGGCCGCGACGCGAGGCGACCGCGCCGAGCAGUUUGUGCAGUCAGCGGCGGGGGCGGCGGCCGCGACAUUCCUGGGGGGAACCGAGGUUGUGGGGGACACAUUGGGCGCCGCGGUAUCGCGCACCGUGUACGCCGCGCGCCGCGUCAAUGUCAACCACCUGCCGGUCAUGAGGAACCCCCACACGGUGUGGGGGCCGAGCGAGGUGGAGGAGUCGCCGGAAGUCGACCCCCGGACACAGCGCCGCAGCGGCGGGCCGGCCGAGGAAGAGGUGUACCGAGACAGUUUGGCGGCGCAUGCGCGAAAGCUGAGCGCGGUGGAGGAGGGCGAGGUGCUUGGGGGCGACCUGGUGGUGCGGCUGGUGAGCGCGGAGGGUUUGGCGAGCAAGCGCGAGCACUGCAACCCGUACUGCGUGGUGGAGGUGGAGCUGCAGCGCAAGCGCAGCGCGGCGCGCAGCCGCACGACGCAGCCGCAGUGGAACGAGGAGCUGGCGUUCAAGGCCGUGCGCACGUCCGCGGACUUGCACGUCAGCGUCUUCAGCGCGGAGCGGGUCGGGCGGGACGUCUUCCUGGGGGAGGUGUACCUCCCGCUGGUGUCCGGCGACACCCUGGACCGCGACCUGUCGUGGUACACGCUGGGCCGCCGCAACGCGCGCGACCGCGUCAGCGGCCGCAUCCGGCUGGCCACGUCCUGGACCGCCACGCAGCUGGAGCUCAUGACGCUGACCGUCGCCCAAAAAGAGCAAGAGCUCGCGCAGCUCGAGGAGCUGGUGGCCAUCAACCGCGAGAUGAUGGACGACCGCGAGGGGGGGCCCCAGGCCCUUGUCAUCCAGCCCCCCUUCCGGCCGCUCAAGCUGAAAAUGCGCAAGAUGCGGAGUUUGAAGAAGCCCGCGCUGGGCCCGUCGCGCACGGCGAAGAAGGAGGAGGUCGGCCAGCUGGCGGUGAAGGUGGUGGAGGCGCGCCACCUGUCCAGCGUGGCGGCCGGGGGAGUGCCCGGGCUGCAGCGCUCGUGUGAUGCGUAUGUGGUGGUGGGCUGCCAGGGGGCGCUCCCCGGGCGCACCGCCGUGGUGCACGACAGCUACUUCCCCGUCUGGAACGAGGCCUUUGUCUUCGACGGCGUGCCGCACUCGGCCACGCUCACUGCGCAGGUGUUCAGCCGGCGCGCGGUGGGCGCGGACGUGUUCGUGGGCGAGGUGAACGUGCCGGUGGCGUACCUGGACGACACGCUGCCGCGCUACCAGUGGCUCACGCUGCAGAAGCGCACCGAGAAGGACCGCGUCACGGGGGACCUCCGCCUGCGCCUGCACUGGCGCUCCGACGUCGUCGCCACCGACGAGGACCAAGGCCACGUGCUUGAGGUGAAUCUGGCGGGCGUGGGCUUGUCGGUGGUGGACCACGUGCCGCGCGAGAUUGCGCGCGUGACGCUGGGCGGGCUGCACUUUGCGCGGCGCGUGUCGGAGCGCGAGCAGGUGUACGAGCUGACCAUCGGCAGCGCGCAGGUCGACAACCAGCUGCUUACAACGACGCAGCCCGUCGUGCUCAUCAAGGCGCAGAACGUGCGGCGCGAGCGCGAGAAGGCGGUGGGGCUGCCGCUGGUGACGCUGGAGUGGGCGGUGCUGGGCGGGCAGCCGGGCAUCACGUAUUUCAAGAAUUUCCUGUUCAUGCUGCAAGAGGUGGACCUGCACCUGGAGGAGGACUUCGUGGACGCGCUCAUCGCGUACGCGCACGGCCUGCCCCUGCAAGACCUGCACGACCCCAAGUACGCCGCAGCGUCGUCGUGGGCGGAGCCGUCGUUCUUGCUGCAGGACGCGUACUCGCACUCGCUGCUGGACCCGGCCAACUGGGUGACGGGCAAGCAGGGCACGCGCUGGUACUUCGAGCGCUUCUGCAUCCGCCCCGUGCGCGUCAACGUCGACUUCGCGGUGGACCCCGGCUGGCGCGAGGCCGACAACGCCGCCUGGCAGGUCCGCAAGUACGCCUCCGCGCUCGGCUUCCCGCUCGUCUCCUUCACCACCGCGCCGCUGCGCCUCAACAGCCUGGUGCUGGACAACGUGUUUCUGAACAGCGACCGGCUGGUGCGCGCGGUGUCGAACCACUACCUGAUCCAGAGCCUGCAGGAGAUCCACAAGAUCCUGGGCAGCCUCGACCUGCUCGGCUCGCCCGUCAGCCUCGUGCACUCCCUCGGCACCGGCGUCCUCGACUUCUUCACCGAGCCGGCCAAGGCCACCACGCCGGAGGAGUUUUUCAAGGGCGCGGCGGCUGGGUCGAUCAGCCUGGUGAAGAACAGCGCGUACGGCGUGUUCAACUUCAUGAGCCUGCUCAUGGGCAGCGUCAGCAAGGGCCUCGCCGUGCUCUCCCUCGACGACGACUUCGUGCAGCGCUUCUCCGAGCGGCCCGCCAACACGCAGGAGGCCUUCAUCCAGGGCGCGCAGGGCGUGGGCCAGGGUUGCUACGAGGGCAUCGGCGGCCUGGUGACGAGCCCGCUGGCGGGCGCGGAGGAGAACGGCGUGGUGGGGUGCGUGCAGGGCACGGGGCACGGCCUGGUGGGCGCGGUCACCAAGCCGCUGUCCGGCAUCUUCGCGUGCAUGUCCAAGACCGCGGGCGGGGUCGGCACGGGGAUCCGCAACAUCGGGGAUGACGUCAUCAGGGCGCCCCUCGUGCGGGUGCGGCCCCCGCGCAACUUUGGCCGGGAGGAAGGCGUACAGGCGUCGUCAAAGGAGUUUCAGAUUCUGGCGACGACGCUGAGCCUGCUGAACGGGGGUCGCUACGCGGGCGAGCGCAUCGUGGACUACUUGCAGAUCCAGGAGCACAAGGCGCUGCUGAUGACGGACCAGCGCGUCAUCUACUUCGACAUCCGCAGCCACAAGGCCAAGGCCGUCGUCAACUACCAAGACAUGGUGUCAGUGGCGGGCAUCGAGGGCCGCCUGGAGGUGGCAAUUGCGUGGACGGCGAUCUUGUCGCUGGGGGGCGCCAAGAUGCGCAUCCCGCACCAGCUGCGCCUCAAGUGCCGCACGCGCGACCUGCACCAGAGCCUGCUCGUCAAGCUGAACCGGCACGCCAUCGCGUUCAAGCGCGGCCUCACCUUCACCGUGGACCACCAGCUGACGGGGCCGCAGGACGACGCGGACCACAGGGCUGAGACCCUGGCGCGCCUGUCUCUCUUUCAAAAGGGCCACAUCAGAGGGAGAGACUCGACUCGCCAGCUGGACAGGAAGCGCAGCAUCCGGCAGCGGCUGACGUCAUCAAGCCGUCGGAAACAGUUAGCCGAGGACUCGGAGGGUGAGGAUGACGAAGAGAAAGAAGGGGAGGACGAAGCGGCGCCUGUGGGGGCAACGGAGGGAGCUGCGAAGGUCGGGGAGCAUCUCCGAGAAGAAGAGCAGAGGUCAAAGGAAAUUGGGGAAGGGGCGACAGACGGCCCAGAAGAACGGGGAGGUGGGGCAGCGCAAGUCCCGGGCCUUGAGCCGGGAGUGCGCUUGGGAAGCAAAGAACCGCAGAGUGCAGUCAGGAGCGGCGGAAAGGGUCUUGAAAGAAGUGAUGCUAAAGAGGACGAGACGAGCAAGAAAGAAGCGGACCGCAAAGGGAAGGCCAAGGCGGAAGAGCCUUCAAUCCCGGCGAAGUCGUUUGAGCGCAGCGACAGUAUUGUUGGAGGGGAGUCAGAGCUUGCACAGACCCUGGAGACCAUCGCAGAGUUGUGCAACGUGGUUGAGAUGGAUCCCGAGUCCACGAUUGCGACGGUCGGGCUGCUUUUGCGGGAUGCAGUGGGUUUGCCUGCAUCUGCGCCGAUCCGACCUCUCCUGGGCUCGAUGCUGGCGCUGUGCGAGCGCGCGCAGGGGGGCGCAGGGCCGCUCAGAGCGCUGGGCAAUCUGGUGGCUGUUGCGCAAAGGAAAGUUGCGCUAAGUAGCAAGGAGCGGCUUGACGUUGAGGACCAAGAAAACGGUGGCCGGGUUUUCGAAAGCGGAGAAUCUGAGGAGGCGCCAGAUGGCGUAAGACUGGAAACGAGGCCCAAGAAGCUACAGGCUCUUGGCCCGAGACAGUCUGAAAGAACGGAGGGUGUCUCGGGCGCUGCAAAAUACAGGCCUAGGGUGGGACUCAGACUGGAGAUUGACGGGACAAGUCAAAGCAAAGACUAACAACAACUGACGGAACGCACACAAUGGCCUGAAGAGAAGGCUGGUCGAGCGUUGAGGGUUGGUGUUGGAUCGCGCUCGAUUAUACAAGGAAGAAGGAGUUUGCACAAGAUGAGGGAAGAUAGAUCAUUGCACACACACUAUAUCUAGGCAGGUUGCAUACUGUGCAGACUUGAUAAGCGAUCAAGCUGCAUCCCCGGCUCAAGCUGUACAUUAUUGAGUAACCUUAUUGCAGUCAACAAGUGCAUAGCGAGCAAGGCGAACGAUUGGUUCGAUGUCAAUUAAUCAACUUUAUCUGGUUGUCGAUGCAACAAAUUCCAAGUAGGGAAGCUGCCUUUUUCAUGGUUGUCCCGAUCAUGAGUCCAUGC